AGAUCUCUUGUAACUAAUGCCUUGCAGUUGAUUGAGGCAGUUCUGAACACCAUUAUUCCGGUUUGAUCCAAAUUUAUCGGCCACGCAUCAAACCUUUAUUUUUGCUCCAAGACUCUCAUUAUGGAUUCGGCUCCAAACACUUCCAGCCAGUAUUGAGCCUCAUCUUCGACAAUCAACACUGUUUGUCAGGCGUUCCUCUUGCUCUCUGGAAAAUUUUCACUAUAUCUUUUCUCUUGGGGCUUUUUCUUCCCAUUCCUCCCCAUUUGCAGUGGGAAAUACUGUCUCCUCUUUGACGAAUCAUCGUUCGUUGUGGAAAUAUAUUGAGGAAUCCAAUUAAGACAAGAGGACGUGAAAGGAGAUAUUUUUGUCCUCGUGUGUGUAAAAAAGGUUAAAUAGGUAAAUUUACCGGUGCCACCGUCAUUCUUUAAGUGGGUAUUAUCAUCAGCAAACGUUUGUUCUCCCAAGUGAUAAGGCCAUUAUAAUAAAUGUGAUGAAAGUGCUACUGACUCCGCGAAUCAUUUCGCUGUUUAGUGUGGAGGAGUAUUUUUAAACACAUAACCGUAUUUUUGAUCAUCUCCAAAGUUAUCUUAAGUGCAGUGUUGGAAAAGUGUUACACAGCGAUCUCAAGAAUCUUGUGCUUUAAAAUAGAAUCUCAUAAGAAAGAAAAAUUGAGAACAAAACGCCCCACGAUGCUCGUGACAAGUCUAUCGAAAAUCUUCUUGUUAGUCUCUGUUCUAACUGUGACUUCAUGUAUUAAAGACGCUGCUGCAAUUAAGUGUUAUCAAUGUAAUUCAGCACUUACACCAGAGUGCGCUCAAGUUGAUGCUCUUCACCCGAAGAAAUUUGAACAUUUGUACAAAGAAUGCGAAGUAAACGAAGAAGGACUCAAGCCUUUCUGCCGCAAAAUCGAAUUCGAAUUACUUGGACGCGAUAAAGAGGAACAUCGAAUUUUGAGAAAUUGCGGCUGGAUCCCCUCUUCUCGAAGGAAGCCCUGUCUCGAGUUUACAACGGACAAUCACUACCAAUUGGAGUGUGAAUGUCACGACGAUGGCUGCAAUGGAUCAUCACGCCUGAAGACAUCUCUGUUUGUCAUGCUGGCAUCGUCAGUUCUUGUAUUUAUUUACAUGCUUAGUCAAUAAAUUAAUCAAGUGAAUCCCUGUAA